AUGACCAAGGAAGAAGCUUAUAGGGAAGAAUUUAGUUAUGACAGGAUGCCAACAUUGGAACGUGGAAAACAAGAAAAUGGAAAUUAUGUUUCAGAUAUGAAAUCUAGUGAUCUUCAACUAUCAAAGCGAUUUCACCCUUGUUUCAGUUAUAGAACUUGGAUCUAUUCGUUACUGAUGGGAACUUGCAUUCUUGUUACCUCUGGAUUUUCACUUUAUUUGGGAAAUGUUUUUCCUUCUGAAAUGGAUUACUUGCGCUGUGCAGCAGGUUCAUGCAUUCCUGCAGCAGCUGUAAGUUUUGCUAUAGCCAGAAACAAAGUUAACAUGAUACCCAAUUUUCAGAUGCUCUUUGUUUCUACAUUUGCAAUUACAACCACAUGUUUAGUUUGGUUUGGAUGCAAACUUGUCUUGAAUCCAACAGCGAUAAAUAUAAACUUCAACUUGAUUCUCCUAAUUCUACUGGAAAUUUUCAUGGCAACUACUCUAAUAAUUUCAGCUAGAUCUAAUGAAGAGUGUUGCGGGAGGAACAAAAUGACUGUAUAUGACAGCACUGGAACAUUGAAUAAUGUCAGCUUUCCUACACGGAUCUUGAAAUCUUAUUCAGUCAUUGAAGUGAUAAUUGGCAUUUCUGCUGUGUUUGGUGGAAUAAUUGCUUUGAAUAUGGAUGUGCUGGUCUCGGGUCCAUAUCUUUCAGUUACUUUCUUUUGGAUCUUGGUGGCUUGUUUUCCCAGUGCCAUUGCAAGUCACGUGACUGCUGAAUAUCCAAGUAAAUGUUUGGUAGAAGUCCUGAUUGCCAUAAGCAGUGUCACUUCUCCAUUAUUAUUCACAGCUUCUGGAUACUUGUCCUUCAGUAUCAUGAGGAUUGUUGACAUCUUUAAAAAUUAUCCACCAGCCGUUAAACAGUCUUAUGAUGUUCUCCUGCUACUUCUAAUGCUGAUGCUGUUGAUUCAAGCUUUCCUGACCACAGGCACUGUCAUACAGUGUGUAAGCUUCAAGGCAAAAAUGAAACUGCGUGAUUCAUUGUGGGCUGUGCCACAAAUAAGUAACCAAGAGUAUAAAACAACAGAGGUGUCCAAUAAUAGCAUGAAGGAUUUUGACAAAGAAAAGGCUUGGAAAGCCGUUGUUGUACAGAUGGCCCAAUGAUCCAGAUUUGGGAAGUGGAGUCAGGAAAGUUGUUGGAUUUAGGCAUGCUAAUCUUUGCAUUUACAAGCAUCACAGUCACAAAGCCAAUUAUGUCACAGCAAUCCCACUGAUUACUUCAUAAUGAAUUGAAGACUGCUGUGCCUAGUCAGAAUGUUAGUACCAAGAAAUAACACCUUACUUUAAUCCCUUUUUGUGUG